UGAAAGAUAGCUCGAGGACGGUAAUCCUUGUAUUAUUAUAGACUGAGCUAUUAACACAGAAAUUGAAAUAUUUUUCAUUUGACUAGGAAAUUGAGGUUAGACGGUUAGGGCUUAGAAUGGCUAGCAUGACCACUGGUUAUUAACCAGCAACCGCUCAAUUCAACCUAAUGGUUAAGCUAACCAGGAAUCGUUAGUUACUUUGGAGAUUCAGAGUCAUCUAUUGAUAGAUAAAUGAACAAUGCAUUAAAAUUGUAAGAAGCGCCUCUAGUGAUAGAUCGAAUCACUUUCAUCACAAACAAACCCAACAUCAAUUUUAUUGUCAAUUUUGGAUUUUCUUGAUUAAAUUGAAGCAGAAAAUACGCUUUGAGUAAGACGUGAUCCAAAAAAUAGUGUUAAUCAACCAUUUUUGAUUAAAAUUUGACUGGAAAUUAGUGUUUUCAAACUUUGCGCCUGAAACAUUAAACGGACAGGUAAUCAAAUGUAACCAGUUACUUCUCCUCCCCUACUUACCAAAUGGUUGUAACAGUUUCACCUUUACUUUAAAAGGUUUUCAUCUUUUGUCUUUAAGAUGGUUAAAUUUAGUGAAAUUGAAAAUAAACAACUGGAUCCCAGGGAAUUCGAAUACCGUAUUAACAGUAAAAUUCGUAAAAUUAUUACCAAAUGUUUAAAGCCUGAUGACAAUAAAGAUGCAGAUGAUGGGACCAUCAACAGACUGAAAGAAAUCAUGGAUAAAGAGGAAGGUGAUAAACAAAUGGUUUCAUAUGAUGAUCUCAGUGAAAUACACAAAUGUUUACUGAAGCUGGAUACUUCUUAUGACUUGUUUUUUUACCAAUUGCUUGAGGAGACAAAUGUAAUCAUUCCAAUUAGUAACAAGAAACCUGAACUGCAAGCUAGGCUGAUCAAGUUAAAAUGUGAAGCUGCUGCGAAAGAGUACAAGAAAAUGACCGAUGGAGUAUGUUUGGUAGCCAGUAAUUCAAAGGAAAAUAAGAAAAAUAUAUCUAGUGAAGUGAAAGAAAUCAAAUCGCUUAUUACGGCUUUAAUUAAUGGCGUAUUGGUGGUACUUUGUUCAUUUUACUUCAUUUAUAAAGUUGUUGAGUAUUCGUUGCCCAAGCAAGAUAUACCUUUCCAGAUAAUAGUAGCUUUAGCUGCAUCCACUGUGAUUGCGAUUGCAGAGCUGUAUUUUUUCAUUCGAGUUAUGUAAAUAUAAAACUUCAAUCAACGUCAGUAAAUCACUUCCAGGCAAUAACAUUACUCAUCUUUUUUUGUUCACAAAAAAUUAACUUUCAACACGAAACAAUCAACUAAUAAUUAUUUCUUCUACUUUUUCCUUACCCUUAAAAUACAGCUUAUCAUCGUCAUAAGCAUUUUACAUCGUUCAAAAUCAUUAAGCAAAAAUCAUCAUGAUCAUCGUCAUAAUUAUCGUCAUCAAGGCUGGUCAAACCGCAUCGACAUCACAAAUAUACAGUAGACAGCACAAAAACUGUCACUCAUUUGAACACGUUAUUUAACCACGAUUUUAAACGAAUAAACUGAGAGAAAUAAUGAGACAAGGACAGUGGGGAUACUAUGAUACAACUAGAUCGUCAUGUGUCUAACUAGCAUUAUAAACAUCUCUUCUAAUCAAUAAGUAAUCAAGAUUAAGACAAUUCAAGAGCUUCUUUUCAAAUAAACAUCAAAACAGACAUAAACACAUCGCUAGAGCCAUCUAUCAAAAGAUAUCGACAUUAAAUUGUCAAGCAAGAUCAAGCGCUUUGUUGAGAUUUGAAGUUGAAUUAUUUGAAAAAAGUUGAAUAUCAAAAAAUUUGGUAAAGAGUGGGUCUUAAUUUGACGAGACUAUAUCAUUCUUUAAAGCAUUGAUGGUUGAUGUUGAUUAAUAAAGUAUUAAUCAAUUAUACUAGA